CACUUGCAACGCAAGCCUGAGCUCACUACCUGCCUAGUUUCUCACCCAUGGCGAGGUCAAGCAGUUACGGCCUUGGGCUUGCUUGCUUCGCCGUUGCGGUCGCGGUCGCCGGCGCAACCCAGUUCACCGUCGGUGGCGCCAAUGGCUGGAGCAUCCCCGGCGCCGGCGCGGAGCCCCUCAACACCUGGGCGGAGAGGACCAGGUUUCAGGUCGGAGAUUCGCUAGUGUUCGUGUACCCCAAGGACCAGGACUCGGUGCUGCUGGUGGAGCCGGCGGACUACAACGCCUGCAACACGUCGUCGUACGUGAAGAAGUUCGACAACGGCGACACCGUGUUCACGCUGGAUCACUCCGGCGCCUUCUUCUUCAUCAGCGGCGUCGAGGCCAACUGCCGCGCCAACGAGAAGCUGAUCGUCAUGGUCCUCGCCGCCGGCCGCAACGAUACCAGCGGCGGCGCCGCGCCGCCGCCGACCGCUGCGGCGCCUCCGCCUCCCACCAGCUCCACCACCCCGCCGCCGCCGGCGUCGCCCGCCCCUAAGGCCCCGGCCGCCGCGUCGCCGCCGCCCGCCAGCUCGGCCUCGGCUCCCCCUCCCGCCUCCGCUCCCACCACGACGCCCAGCGCGCCGCCGCCCGCUUCGUCGCCCCCUGCCCCCGGCGCGUCAUUGCCAGCUCCAGUGUCGUCGACGCCACCGCCGUCCGCCCCGGCCCGUGCCCCUGAGGCACCGCCGGCGCCCUCGGCAAGCUCUCCGGCUCCGAGCGCACAAGGAACGACGGCGAACUCGACGGGCACGCCAUCGCCGCGUCCCGCCGGCUCCAAGGACAAGAACGGCGCCGCCCUCGCGGUGGCCUCCGGCCUCGCCAGCUCGCUUGGGGCCUGCGCCCUUGGCUACGCCAUGCUUGCUCUCUGAAGUGAAGUGAACCCGAUUCAACCCCUGACCUACUGUUCCGACGAACGGAAAGACUCGAUCGACAGGAUGUACUGUACAUGUAAAGACGACGCCCGAUUUGUACAUGUUCUUGCAAAUCUUGUACUAUUCGUUUUCCACCGGAUGAAUAAGAAACGAAAAGAUUCAUGAACAAGUGAUGCACUGAAUCA